CUGAAUACCUGCUGUGCGUAUAGUCUGUAAGGUGUGUAUGUAAGUGGCGCUCCCAGUUUCAAAGUUAUUGUGGUAUGCUGUACGAUAACAACAGCUGAAUUAAAAAGAAAUACACGGGUAAAAGAAAAUCAUUUGACGGGAUUACGAACAGGUGUACGGAAAAAAAUGUCAACUGUUCGAGCACAGUCUUUUCAUUCUGGGGGCAUAGUACGAAGCAGAUCGGAGGGAUCGCUGAUUGAUCUUGAUGAUGAAAGUCCAAUAAACAAUAAUUCUUUAAAAGGUAAUUACGUUGAUGGUACUCAAAUUGGAAAUCAUUUGGAAUGGCCUGUAUUACAGCCUAAUGUUUUGCAUGGUUCAAAAAACUCCAACCCAUUUUGGAAUCGUCUGCUAGGAUCAAAUCCAUUUCUAGAAGAUAUUGUGCACACAAAUGACUCACAGCGGACACAUUUGCCUUCCUCUAUUUUAAAAGAGGAUCCCAUUGCUAUUUUUGGAGAUGAUACUACAGAGUCCAUUAGUAGUUCCUCUGAUGAACUUGAUAUUAAUCAUCUUUUAAGCUUUCAAAAAAAUGCAGCAAGGCAGUCAGGUCGGUGCAAAAGUACUUCUGAUCUCUUGGAUAUUUUGGAUGUGAAAGAGAGUCCCAAGAAGAGCACAGUUCCGUCAAAUCAAUAUUUAACUCCUAAUUUUGAAUGGCUUCAGAAUGACAGGGAAGCUUACAAGUUAGCUUGGCUGAGUCACAGACAGUUAACUCGAUCUUGUCUUGAUUUGGGUGUUAUGAGUCAAAGUCCUGGUUGGGCUCAGACACAAGCUUCAGAGACGCACAUAAUUUGCAAAAUAGGCCAUGAUGGAGGCUCUGUUCAGCUACCGGAUACUGACAUCAGCGCUCAUAUUCCUGAAGGUCAUGUUUUGCUGGGGGAAACACAAAAUAUUUCAUUAAAAGCUUUCCUUGAUCCUCCUCAAGGCCUUAAUAGUGAACAUUCAACAAUAAUAAGUCCACUUGUGGAGGUAAGUCUUAGUAAUCUGAACACAAGAGAAUGUAUUUCUGUUGAAAUGAAAAUUGCAGCUGAAGUGAAGAAUGAUCCCCUAAGUCAGGUCAUGACCGAAGUUGUGUGUCUUAGUGCUUAUAAAAAAGAUGGUCCUUUUUUAAGUUUGCCCAACUGUUACAUCUAUAAAAACACUUUGCAAGUUAAGUUGAAUCAGCUACAACCUUUUAUGUACAUUAUUGCAGCAGCGAAAGCCAAAAGUAUCCAGCCACCUGCAACAUCAGUGUGGGAUUACAUCAAGAAACAAAUCACUAUUGGAUUCUAUGGCCCUAAACAUGUACACCCUUCUUUUACAGCUGUUUGUGCAAUUUUUGGUCAUGAUCAGAUUCCCACAAAACUCUCAAUUUCAGAUAUUAAAAGGGGAAACAAAACCUUACCACCAGUUGUACUUCAGUUGUGGGGAAAACAUCAGUUUCACCUUGAAAAGCUACAAGACCUUCAGAUUAUGGUUGUCCCUGUGCAGGCUGAUUUUGAAAUUAAAUCAUCUGAUCAAAUUAAACAGAUUAAGCUUGUACAACUUAAAAUGGGGAGAGUUCUUCACCUGCAAUUCCCGGUGAGCAAAACUUGCACAGGAGAAAUUAGCCCUUUUAACCUAAAUGUUAUAGUUAAAGAUUUAAGCUACAAUGACUUGGCUCAGUUUAUUGUGCAGACUCCAAGUGUUGCACCAAAACCUGUGAGCAGAUACCAACCAAAAUGGAAACAACGGCGCAUGGAGGCACGGAUGUCGAUGCCUAUUCCUGAGACAACAAUUUUCAGAUCUCCUAAAUUUCAGGAAAGAAAUGUAAGCAUUGAUCAUUUUGGGAUUGCUUUAAAAUCUGUGCUCAGGCAACCGAAGAUUGAAUACUUGUUGGAGUAUUUUAAAGGAGAUACUAUAGCACUUUUGUCCCUAGACAGAGUUAAAGCAAUUGGGAUGAACAAAGUUAAAAACUGGUACAUUGGAUUUCUAAGAGGAAAAAUUGGACUUGUUCAUUGUAAAAAUAUUAAGGUCAUUUCAAAAGAGCAAGUCAUCGACUUUACUGAUGUAUCCCUUACAACAACUGAACUUCUUAACAGCAUUGUACUACCAUUUAAGAAGUUAACUUAUAUUUACUCUUCAAUUCAAACACUAGCAGUGGAACACAUUCCAAGUUGGAAAGCUUUUGCCGAUGUCCUUGGGUACUCCAGCAUGUCAGUUGAGGCAAUUAACAGAACCAGAGCACAAACUGAAGCAGAAAAAGUGGCAUGUGUUCUUGAGAAGCUGAAAGAAGAUUGCCAUUCUGAAAAAGGCUCCAAGAAGUUCCAGCAUGAGCUGAUUAUUGCACUAUUGAAGAUAAAUUGCCACGGGCUUGUUGCGCGACUUACACAAAAUACGGUAAUCUUGUCUGCGGCUGUAGAACUUGGAUCUCGAUGGAGAGAACUUGGUGAAAAAAUUGCAAAGCUAACAAAAACUCAAAUUGAAGGUUAUGAAGCACCACACAGAGGCAAAAAUGGAGAAGUUAAUCCAGAUGCAAUGUGGAAACCUGCCUACGAUUUUAUAUACACUUGGAGUGCGCAUUAUGGGGAUGCAUAUAGAGAUGUACUGCAGGAUCUGCACUUGGCAUUGGACAAAAUGAAAAGCCCAGUUACUCAACAAUGGAGGCAGCUAACAGGCGUCCUGAUUUUAGUCAGUUGUAUGGACAAACUAAGAGGGGAUGCAUUUCCAGUGACAGAUGAUGAAUAGUUAGACGAUGGUGGAAAUAUUAUUAGAUAUUUGUAAAUAUUUAGCAGUUUUAUAAAUGUUUAAAGAAGGGCAGAUAAUUACAAUUUCAAUCUAACGGUAGGAAAAAAAAGCAUGUGCAUUUGUGGACUUUUUUUGCAAAUGUUAUGAGUCUUAUUUUUAUGUAUGCUAUUUAUUUACCCAUAUUGUGUAUGUAUUUUAGUUAUACAUUUUAUACAAAUACAAAGUUUUUAAAUGUUUUUGAAUCAAUUUUUAUGUUUUAGUGUCUAUAAUUAACAUGAGGAAAUGUUACAUCCGAUUAUUUUAUGUUAACAACAGUGCUAAAACUGAAAUGUAGUUACUGGAUGUGUUUCUCGAGCCAAUCUUCAAUAAUGUACUUAUCCAUAUUUAAAUCAUGGACAAUUGCCUACCAAAUUACAGUAUGUGUGAAUUGUCAACAUUUCAUUGCUUCCUUUCAGUCUAUAAUAUAUUAAA